CAUAUGUUACAGUUACUGUAAAAGUUCUAAAAAUGUAUUUCCUCAAUUGUUGAGAUCGAUGAUGAAUUAUUGACCCAGGAAACAAACAUCAACAAAAGAAUAUAACAUUAUUGUUGUUCUAAUUCUCAAACCUAAUUUGAAAGCAUCAUAGCUUUUAGUCAAAUAUAAAUAAACCAUAAUUGUGACAGGCUUAGAACCCUAAAAGUCUUAUUUAUGAGGAAUAUUUUGGCAUUUUUACAACAACAACAAAAAAAGAUAAGGUUGCACAUACAGAACAUGCCUUUCCGUGAAUAAAUCAAAAUGUGUGUGUUUUAUUGGCGGAUUCCUCAGAAUGUGUCAUUCCCAAACGAGCCCCGGUUCCGUUCGGCUCUCAAUGAAUGGACAUGAAUGUCGUGAGAAGCGCCCUUGAGCUCCAGCGACUCCUCGGCGGCUCUGCGCCUUUAAAUCUCUCCACCCCGCCCUCCGUCUCAAUGACAAGCCCGCAGAGCCUCCUCAACGCAUCCAGCGCAGCCGACGGAGCAGAGGCGCACCCCGGGGGGCCAAAAAGCACGUCGAAACCACCGCGGCAGUCAUGAGCUUCGGCGACUCGCCCGCAACUCACACCCCGAGACCCCGACGCGGCGCCCCGCUCGGGCUGGAGCGCGCUCGCCGAAUGGACGUCCGUGGACUGGACUGAACGCCUCCGCUGCAUCUACCGGACCGAAGGAAGGAAGGAAGGAAGGAAGGGGGGGGGGGGGUAAAGAAACCCUCCCGCAUGUUCAAGUUCGCUGCUCCGGAGACCAGAGAGGGACGUCGCCCGCAGGAGCGCGCAGCGGCGGGACGAGAAGUUUAGCGCCGUGAUUUCUCCUCUCUCUCUCUCCUCUCUCUCUCUCCUCUCUCUCUCCUCUCCUCUCUCUCCUCCUGUUGUGUUGCGUUUUUUUUCCCCAUGUCACGCCACGGGACGGGCGGAUUAACGUUUCCCCGAUGAAAAUAAAUCACCUGCGGAGGGACCCCGCGAUCGUGACCGCGACUACCAUGUCGAGUAAGAGCGCGGAGUGGCUGCAGGAGGAGCUGGAGUCCGGCGCCGGCUCCCUGCUGCUGCUGGACUGCCGGACCCACGAGCUGUACGAGUCCUCGCACAUCGAGUCGGCCAUCAACCUGGCCAUCCCGGGCCUCAUGCUCCGGAGGCUGAAGAAGGGCAACCUCCCCAUCCGCUCCAUCAUCCCCAACAACGAGGACAAGGAGAAAUUCGUCAAGAGGUGCAAGACGGACGUGGUGGUCCUGUACGACGAGGCGACCCCGGAGCGGCAGGAGUCCGGGCUCGGGAGCUCCGUGCUGGGGCUGCUGCUGCAGAAACUGCGGGACGACGGGUGCAAGGCUUUCCACCUGGAGGGGGGCUUCAACAAGUUCCAGUCGGAGUACCCUGAGCACUGCGAGACCAAUUUGGACUGCUCCUGUACCAGCAGCUCGCCACCAGCCUCCGUCCUCGGCCUGGGGGGACUUCGCAUCAGCUCCGACUGCUCAGACGGGGAAUCUGACCGCGAGCCGGGCAGCGCCACAGAGUCGGAGGGCAGCCCGCUCCCCAUUAACCAGCCGGCGUUUCCUGUCCAGAUCCUGCCGUACCUUUACCUGGGCUGUGCCAAAGACUCCACCAACCUGGAUGUGCUCAGCAAGUACAACAUCAAGUACAUCCUCAACGUGACGCCCAACCUGCCCAACAUGUUCGAACACGAAGGGGACUUCAAGUACAAACAGAUCCCCAUCUCCGAUCACUGGAGCCAGAACCUGUCUCAGUUUUUCCCCGAGGCCAUCUCAUUCAUUGACGAGGCCCGCUCCAAAAAGUGCGGCAUCCUGGUGCACUGCCUGGCCGGGAUCAGCCGCUCGGUGACCGUCACGGUGGCGUACCUGAUGCAGAAGCUCAACCUGUCGCUCAACGACGCCUACGACUUUGUCAAGCGGAAAAAGUCAAACAUCUCCCCCAACUUCAACUUCAUGGGCCAGCUGCUGGACUUUGAGCGGACGCUGGGCCUCAGCAGCCCCUGUGACAACCACUCGACCUCCCCGACGCACGACCAGCUCUUCUUCACCACCCCGACCAACCACAACGUGUUUCAGCUGGACACGCUGGAGUCCAGGUGAAAACCGGUGGGGUGACUGUUCCUUUUUUUGUGGGGGAGGAGGGUAGGGAGGGGGGGGGGGUGGUAGGUUUUGUUACCAUGAUAACAAGCGGCUGCACUGGAAGGAAGUUGCCAGUUUUAGGGAAUGUUUUUGCCCCCCGAGGCUCGUUGUCUGAGAACUUUGGCGAAGGAACAGCGCCGGACGGGCAGGGAAGGUCACGGAUGCCACCUUCAAAGGGGAACGCUUUUUUUUUUUCUUCUUUUUUUCUUUUUAAUCCGGGUGGGGAGGGGGGGACUGACAAAUUGGGUCUACAGUGGCGUCCUCUCGAUUUGAAAUGGAGAGAGAGAAAGAGCCAUGAUCAACUUGUCUUGUCACAAAGAACCUAGGAGACUUAACCGACCGAGCAAAGGACGCGGGAGGACAGACAGCUUCAUACAAAGAUAGGAAAAAUCUACGGCGCUCGUGAGAGAAGGACAUCCUCUCCGUCUUUCUGCCGGCUCUCUGGCCGAGCUGGCUGGUGCCAAGUGGAGGAUCUGGGAUUCGCUCGUAGGGAAUCUCGCUCUACUGAAUGUAGAGUUUUACAAACCAAGGAAUUAACACAGACAGUAUGUAUGUUUGUUCUCUAUGUACUGUAUCUAUGUCAACGUACAUAGCAGAAAAUCCAGUAUGUCUUUAUGCAUUUUUGUAUAUUUUUGUGUACAUUUGCGCACAAAUCUGUACCUUAUAUAAAUAUAUACACAUAGAAAUUGUAUCUAUUCAAUCCAACAACGGCUUACGAGAUUGUAAAACUAAAGAAAGGGUGGAGACGCCAACAAAGAGGAACGUCAUUGUGAUAUUCCCAGUUGUCUUUUUUUUUUCUUCUUCUUCUUCUUCUUUUCUCCUCGAGGUUUGUAAUGACCUAAUGCAGUUUGCACAGUGGCGUAGCCAUUGACUUGUUGGCACUUGGAGCCGGUGCUGGAAACGGGGCAGAUAAAGAGACAUUCAGAGAGGAGGAGCGCAAAGGAGAGGCCAGUCCCAGGCUGCGACAAGUGCCGACAGCUGCACCGUGGAGUGGGGAGGGAGCAGGGACAGCCCCCACCCCCCCCCACCCCCCCCAUCCCACCAGCAAAGGACGAGGUUCAGGGGUUAGAGGUUUGGGUCGGGUUCGGGGGGGUUGGGGGGGGGGGUGUCGGGGACGAAGACGAGCGGCGGGCCCGAACGGGGCCAGAUAGAUGCUACAGGCGAGUUGACACUCGGUCAAGUGCGGGUUCCUUCUCCCGCCCCCCCGAUGACUCAUCCAGUUGCCUUACAAGAAGAACCAGUUGUCUCCCAGCAGCGGUUUUCUGUCAGUUCAGUAAAGAAGUAAACUUCCUGGACUUCCUCAGUUAUUUCAUCACGUCGCAUACUGUCCGACCAUAGUGUGUUUUUCUUUUGCCAAACUGGUUUCUCACACCUCUGGCGUUUGAGGUGCUACGGCAGUGUUAACGUUCCAAAACGACUUUUUGCUCAACUUAUUUUAGCAACCUUUGGCAAGGAAGUGCCUCACCACUGUUGUAUUGCCGUACUUCUUUUUGCCUAACAGGAUGUUUUUCAAUUUGCCGCCCCAAUUUCCUCUUUUACUGGCGUUGGUAUUAUAGUGUUGUGCACUGGGACUGGCCUCAGCGACAGACUGCACUUAGCUCCUACAGCAGCUCCACGUCCCGUAACUGCAUUGGAGAAAACACAAAGCAAAGGGAUCACCCCCCGUUAGGUCAAAGAAAGGUUUGUCUGAGUUGAUUCACCCUUAAGCCUUGGCUAAAUGAAAGAUAUAUUAAACGCAGAUUGAUAUAAAUAUAUAUAUAUAUAUAAUAGAGCUAAUGGUAAACAGAUUGAUAUUAUUUUGUAUACCUGAGCAUGCUGCGGUACUGUAUGCUCUCUAACAGUGACCACGGGUUGGAUGUUGCAUCACAUGGCAGGAAGACGAUUGAUGAGGACCGUUUUUUUAAACUGCUGUUGCUGCUGAACACAGCGGUACACGGCAUGUAGUUAAAAGAGUUUUCUGAGAUCUUGUCCACAUCAGAAGCACCUUAACUUGAGAUACUCCAAAAAUAAUGUGCAAAUGCUGCAGGAUUUGUGCUUAUUUAACGUAAGUUUCCUCCAAUGAGUCGAACUGCUCUGCAGCACUUAGACUUAUGUCAAUGUCUGUAGGCAUGUUGGGCGUCAUGCAUUAACAAUUUUAUUUUUUUCAUACUAAAUCUCUCCUAAUUUCUUUCGUUGAGGGAUGCUCAUACGGGUCUGAUUCGGCAUGUAACUUUUGCAGACAUAACAUUUAGCAGCGACAGUACCAAAAAAAGAAAAGAAGAUGCUAUUAAUACGCUGUCUAAAUAGCUCAAAAACAUCAUGACACUGGAAUCGCAGCUCUUUUUCAAGUUACGAGUGACGCUCAGACCACCUGCACGUCCUCCUCUGGCCUGAUGGUCCGAGGACGACCUGUAGUUGGUUGAAAUGUUGCAAACGAAGCUGAAAACAACGCACCUUCUCUUGGAGGACUUGCACAUCUGUUUGCUUUGGUAAAGGCUGCAGAGGUUUGGUUUCACAGCGCUGAUGUGGACACGGUCUAGAAACAAAGAAGUGGGCAGAGGGCACGGCUGUUGAAUCUGAACAGGGUUGGUUUUCGCUGGCCUUAUAUAAUCUUUCUAACUUGUUUCUAAUGCUGACUGUUCAAUACUUUGUAUCUCACUUUAGAAAAAAACGUUGUGUAAACAGUCAUUUGUUGUCAUUUGAAUCAGAACAUGGUAAUAACCGCGGGUCACACAAAGUCCUCUUUGUUACUCUGCAAUAUAUAUCAAAACACCCUUUUUGCAGUUUUUUGUAGAUCCAAGACCUCAAAUUUUUUUUAAACUUCUUCUUUUGUACUAUAUCUAUUCUAUUAUUACCACACAAGAUCCAGCUCGAUAGGGCUCGUGGACCGAAGUACCAUUUCACCUGGGGUGUCCAAAACCUAAAGAGGCCCCACUGACACCCACGCAGCCGGAGCUGUGGGUCAGCAUGCCAGUUGUGAGCGACGAUUACAGCCCCCUGCUUAUAUAAUUACGUCUUUCUCCGUUUUGAUAUCACGUGCUCUAUUCCUGUGGCCUUUCGAUAUGAAUAUAUAUCUAAGUAUAUAUAAAUAUAUGUUUUUAAUUAAUAUGCAAAUUUCCUGUCCUGCAACAUCAGAGAUGAAAACCGUGCUACCACGCUUGAAUGGCUUUCUCUCAUCUGCAGUUACACCCGACUUAAAAGUAGAAAAACAACCUCAUCCCUGGCACCCUAGGAUUGAAAUGUAUUUCAGUACGGAGCUUUUCUAUUUCACCAGAAUAUGGAUGGUUUCAAGCUGCUCUCUUGUGUUUUCUUUUGUGUGCGUGUGCGUCUUUGUAACAAUGGAAGAGAAAUCAAGUCUUUUUCUCUGUUUGUACAUUUGCCAGAUGACGGGAACGGCAGUUUCUGUGUCCUUAAACUUGUAGCUACAUCUCGGUAGGAGUGUGCUCGGGAGCGGAUGAGAAGCGGGCGCGAAAGAGAGGGGCGGCGGCGCUAAAUACAACGUGAGCGAAAAAGUGGAUGAUUUUAAAAAUGUUACCUCAGUGAGGAAUUUUUCAGGGAUUUUUUUGACAAUGCAUCUUGCAUCGUGUUACGGCUUCAGACACACGUCGAAAAGCUGUUUUGUAUCGUGCUGUAAACAGUUUUUAAAAGAAAAUGCAAUCUGAAAUUUGAAAACAAGGGGCAUGUUAACCGGGACAGUUUCAUCAUCUGUCUACUGAAGGAAAUAUGAUUGACCCUUUGUAUUGUACAGUGUAUGGAAACAACACAAGACAUGUUUAUACCGCAAAUAAAUAUUGAAAUAUUUUUUUCUUCA